CCCACCCCCGGCAGCCUGAGCUAACCUGACAAGACUUAAUCACGGUUCUUCGAAAGCCUCAAUAUAUUCAUUAAUAGUGCCUUAACACAAAGGAUCACAGCUUAUUUUAUCAUUUUUUGCACAUUCUUUAGUUUAACUGCUCUAACUUGUUCCUGACAGUAACCUGUUGAGUUAGGGUUCCAAGUACCUGGUUCCUUCUAGAACCCCCCAUGUGAAUAGUAGCAGUGCUAACACUAACAUGCGGCGGCGAAGGCGGCGCCCUGCUGGGAAACACAUUCAUAUUUCGCUAUUAAUUCCCUGGGAUGACAUCAGCUAGCGUCACCAUGAAGCCACCAGCCGUGGCAGUUCUUUAGUUAAUCAGAUUAACGGUCAUAUUCCCCGAAGCAACAUUAUGGUGGAUUUCAUUUACACAUGGCUUCUCAAAGUUUGUCUCUGGUGGUUUGAAACUCGCGUUGAUAGACUGUAGGCCUGACUAGUGACAAGAAUGGUACACGAUCCUGUAAUCAGCCCGGGAUGCCCAUGCUGAAACAUUACAGCUGGCCGCUUUGGCAUUGCUGACCUGGGGCAUGUCACUACACCCUGGGGAGGUUCUGCCCUCUCCGUCCCAUGACCUGGCCUUUGCUGGAACGGCCACUUCGGCCGAAGUCAGACCGCGUGGGUCUGUUGGCGAAGCCUCGGUCUUCUACCGAUGGCACUUUGUCUGUGUCCUUCCCAGCUUCUCCUGGCGACACUCUCUGCCUCUGUCUCCGCGGGCCCCUUGUCCUAGUGGCUUAUUGCUGAGAAGCGCAGCGCCGUCUCGCGUUUCACAUACUGACAGGAAAUCGGCUCCCAGCCCCGGCGAAAUAAGCGAACGUGCCAAUCUUGCUCACUCCGUAGGACAGAAGUAAACACUCCGACCUAUGUGAGCGUUUUGUUAGUGUUUCAGAAGGAAACGCUGGGAAACCCGCCUGAAAUCGCUCAGAUUUGUUUUCUUCGUGUGUCUUGUGUGAUUUGGUCAAUAUUCUUUUAGAAAGAUUAUUUUCAGCUCUGAGUACAGAUUUUGCUCUCCUUAAAAGAAAAACGCUAAAUCCUGUUUAAAAUCCUGUAAUAUCCUUUUUGUUGAGACCUAAGUGUUUCAUAGUUCCCACUUAAUAGCAGAGCUUAAAAUUAGUAAACAAUAGUCUUAGGACCAUAUUUUUGUUUUUGUUAUUAUCUCACUUAAAUGCCAGUGUUUCUUUUUUUUUUUUUUUUGGGGGGGGGGGGGGGGGUUUGAGGGUUAACAUAACAUUUACGCCCAGAUGUGGUGGAAAACACAUUCUUAUUGACAGAUUAUUGAAUACAAUAUCUUUAUAUUAUAUGUGUUACAUUUACAAUGUGUGACCCAAUUAAUUGGUUGGAUGUACAUGUUUUGUUUUUUAUCUGUUUGUUUAGAGGGAUAAUUAUUGCAUGUGGUAUGGCGGUUGUCAUUGUUUUUCAGUAAAAUCUGUCAAUUUGUUAAAUGGCCUCCCAGAGAAAUUGUUUGGAAACACAAUGAAUAAAGACAAAAAAUGUUUAAAGAUGUUGAAUUUUUAUGAAAUGGGAAUUUAAAUGUGCUUAAAGAGGUAUUGUGUUUUAUGACUAUGAUGGACAUCUUUAGUAUCUUUAACAAAUGGUCCGUCUGGUCUGUUCUUCGACCGUCGCCUGCGCUCUCAAUACCAUCGUGAUCCGGCCAUGCUGCGUACGUGGGCUUUGUCGUAGAGAAUGGGUUUGCAGAUGAGCAUGGUUAUUUGAGCAUCGAUAAAAUUAACGAAACUGGUGUUUGCUACAUUCAUGUGUUUCAUUUGCUCAUAAUAAAUGAGGGGUGUCGGGCCUCAGCAAUAACCUAGUGGGGCGCUUUUGGAUUUUACACGCAUCGGCCAUACGGUGGCGGUACCGAGCGGGGCCUUUUCACAUGAUGCAGGGGCAGUAGAGAGAGCGAUAGUGAGAGAGAGGAGGUGGAGGGAGGCUGCUGCUCCUCCACUGUGUCGAAGAUGGCGGUGUCUGUGUUUUCCAACGUGCGGCUCCUGUCGAUCGGAGACGCCAACGGGGACAUCCAGCGGCACUCGGAGCACCAGCCGCUGCGGCUGGAGGUGAAAACCACGCAGGAUGCCGCCAUGAUCAGCCUGAAUAACACAGAGGAGACUUGCGUGUUCAAGUGCUCUGUGUCCCGGGAGACAGAGUGCAGCCGCGUGGGCAAGCAGUCCUUCAUCGUCACGCUGGGAUGUAACAGCGUCUUGCUGCAGUUUGCCACAGUCACAGAUUUCUCGUCCUUCUACAACAUUCUGAAGAACUGCCGGGGACACAACGUGGAGCGUUCUGUGUUUAGUGAAAGGACGGAGGAGUCGUCUGCUGUUCAGUACUUCCAGUUCUAUGGCUACCUCUCUCAGCAGCAGAAUAUGAUGCAGGAUUAUAUUCGGACUGGAACAUAUCAGCGUGCAAUCCUUCAGAACCACAAUGACUUCAAGGAUAAGGUGGUGCUGGACGUGGGAUGUGGUUCUGGGAUUCUGUCGUUCUUCGCUGCUCAGGCUGGGGCCCGGAAGGUUUACGCCGUGGAGGCCAGCACCAUGGCGCAGCACGCGGAGGUGCUGGUGAACAGUAAUGGGCUAGCAGACCGGGUGGUGGUGAUCCCAGGCAAGGUGGAAGAGGUGACCCUGCCCGAGCAGGUGGACAUCAUCAUCUCAGAGCCUAUGGGCUACAUGCUUUUCAAUGAGAGGAUGCUGGAGAGCUACCUGCACGCCAAGAAGUUCCUCAAGCCCAAUGGUAAUCUGUUUCCCACAAUCGGCGAUGUACACCUGGCCCCCUUCACAGAUGAGCAGCUGUACAUGGAGCAGUUCACCAAGGCCAAUUUCUGGUAUCAGCCAUCUUUCCAUGGUGUGGACCUGUCAGCCCUACGUGGUGCAGCUGUAGAUGAGUACUUCCGGCAGCCAAUCGUGGACACCUUUGACAUUCGGAUCCUCAUGGCCAAGUCUGUAAAGUACACCGUCAAUUUCCUGGAGGCCAAGGAGGAGGACCUGUACAGGAUAGAGAUCCCGUUCAAGUUUCAUAUGGUCAGUUCCGGCCUAGUGCACGGACUCGCCUUUUGGUUCGACGUGGCUUUCAUUGGCUCAGUUAUGACCGUCUGGUUGUCCACGGCCCCCACGGAGCCGCUCACCCACUGGUACCAGGUGCGCUGCCUACUUCAGUCUCCCCUUUUCGCCAAAGCUGGGGAUACCAUGUCCGGCACGGCUCUGCUGAUCGCUAACAAGAGGCAGAGCUAUGACAUUAGCAUCGUUGCACAAGUAGACCAGACGGGCUCCAAGUCCAGCAACCUCCUAGAUCUGAAGAACCCAUUUUUUAGGUACACAGGCAGUACGCCCGCCCCUCCCCCUGGGUCACACUACACCUCUCCUUCUGAGUCAAUGUGGAACUCUGGUACUUCUUACGGUGUGGGCCAAGGAAUUGCAGCAUCAGGGAUGCCCACGGCCUAUGACCUCAGCACAGUAAUUGGGAGCAGCCCUGCCGUGUCCCAUAACAACCUCAUCCCCCUAGUGAACACGGGCGUAGUGAAUCAUACUCACUCCAGGACAGGCUCCAUCAUGAGUACGGGCGUCGUCCAGGGGACAUCUACAGGACAGAUUGGGCCCAGCAGCAGCAGCCCGUACUACCCCAUUAACAGCCAGUUCACCAUGGGCGGCCCUGCCAUCUCCAUGGCGUCCCCCAUGCUGAUCCCCAGCAACACCGUGCACUACGGCAGCUAAGAUUUCCGGCCUUUACGGCACAGGUCACCUCCCACCCCAACUGACUGCUGCCUGAGCAAUACAGAAAACCAACUGCCCCCCCCCUGCAUUUUCCCCUCAAUCCGUCCACAUGUCCGUCUGUGAUUUAUAACCCCCCCACGGUCUGUUUACAUACCGUUAGUCACACAGCCUACAUUCAGUAUAUUUUUGCAGCUUUACAUACAUGUAGAAUCGGCUCGCUACUCCGGUCUUCCACGUCUUCUGUGUACGCUGACCUCUGAAUCCUCGCUGCGCCAUCACUGAGCAAAGGGACGCCCCCGUCCUUCCCCAUGCAGGAAUUCCUAGAGACACGGACGUCUGGGCGGAUCCUUGGCUCGCCAGCUGGCCUGUACGCUUUCUAAAUCGCUAUGUCGUGCUUGCAGCCAACAGAACAGACUGGAGGUAGGAGUAAAGGUCAGCUUCAGACUACAUAAGACUGUGCCCCUCAUUGAGGUGGGGGAGGGGGUCUUGGAUGAUUUGGGCUGCAGGAGCAGGCUGGCGGCCCGGAUGACAACUGCAAUCAUGUGAAUCAUUUGGUGUGGCAUCAUGAACCCGGGCCCCAAACGCAAUGUUUUGGGUGGAUGGUGGUGUGUGGACUAAAGGGGUGUAUGUCCCCUUCCUCAGUGACCUCCCCUCCCCUGCCCCCUGGGAAGUCAGUGUUGCCCAGACUGAACGGACAAAGACUUGAAAUUAAAUCUGUAUGUUGCUUCCGGUCAGACACAUUUAUUUUGGUUUCAUCUCGCCGAAAGAACAUGUCUGCUAGUUUGUAGUUUUUUUUUCACAAAAAAAAUAAAUGAAUAAAAAAAGGAGCGAAUGAAA